CCUUACAGGUAAAUUCUUGAAUGUCGCACCUGUGCAUGUAUUGUGCUAUUAUACUCGCGCUUUCUGUGCGCCUUACGAAUGUCGAGUGCGCCUAAUGAGUGCAAUGACUUGGUGCACUCCCCCCUGGCUUCCCCUGCGGAAGCCCUAGACGACCCAGAAAGCUGGGAACUUUGCGCAGCCGCUGGUCAAAGUUGUUGGCGCCUUAGUAGGAGCUACAUGUAAAUCAACAAAAUGGGUUAUAAGACCCGGCUCCCUCUUCCGAUUCCAACGGUCAGGCCCUAAUCGCAUGGCCUGAAUAGGCACCAUGAACGGGCUAUGGUUUCCUCGAAAAGACUUUCACUCACUUUUACUUUAGCUUCUGGCCAUUGUAAUGACCAGAGGCGGCUUGGGUCUGGGUCCGCAGUGUUUCCCGUUGGUUGUCAGCCGUGGCGCUGUGGCCACAACACAAGCCGCCGACUUGGUUGCCAACCUCAUUAGCCUGGCCAACAGCUAGCGGUCAGUUCCAAUCGCAACGCCAUUUCGAAUAGACGCGCGCGCUCCCAAAACAACCAAAUCCCAGCAUACUUAUCAGCUUUUCUCAUCAACACAAAGGUGCUCUAAAUUUGGAAUACCCACUACAGAAACGACUUGGGCAGGUUAUUUUUAUCGCACACGGACACCUUCGAUUAUUAGAUGAGAAUCAAAAUGCGCGCCUGCGGCCCCAGUUUAAUCAAAUACGUUCUGUUUGCCUUCAAUGUGCUAUUUGCGCUUUCCGGUCUUGGCAUACUGGUGGCCGGAGCCAUCGUCCUGGCCGAUGUCAAUGAAUUCAACCAUUUUGUGGAGGGACGCGUCCUGGCGCCGCCAAUUGUGCUUAUUGUCACCGGACUGGUCAUCUUCCUGAUUGCCUCGUUGGGCUGCUUUGGCGCCAUCAAGGAAUCGCCCACUCUGCUCCUAACGUACGCCGUAUUGCUGGCCAUCAUCUUUAUUGUGGAGCUGGCCGUGGGCAUUGCGGCGAGCGUGUUUAAGAAGGAUCUGGAGGGCAUGCUGAAGAACUCAUUGCAGGAGUCGAUCAAGCGCUCCAACAGCGAGGACAGCAUCGCCUGGGACAAUGUCCAGCGCAAGCUGAUGUGCUGCGGCGUGGACACGCCCGCCGACUGGCGUGCCCUCAGCCUGAACAAGACCCUGCCGGCCAGCUGCUGCCAGCCGCAGUUUAUCGAUGCCGCCGUCGGACACUGCACGGAAUCGCCGGCCCUUGGCAAGGACAAGUAUUUCCAGGAGGGCUGCGUCGGCAAGCUCAAGGAGCGCAUCGAUAAGAACGCCGUCAUCCUAAUUGGCGUCGGCAUCGGCAUCGCCUUCAUACAAAUCCUGGGCAUAGUCCUCGCCUGCUAUCUGGCCUCCGCCAUACGAUACGCGCGCCAAGCGAACUAAGCACAACUCCCACCAAGCAUCUAGUUAAUCUCAAGCUCAAUAUGGAUCUCAUGUCAGUCCGUUAAAUAUAUAUGCAUGAGCCUAUUUUAUUCCCUAGUCAAUUUAUGCAUUACCAGAAGUUAAGUCCCGCUCUGGAUAACUUUUACAACCCCCCCAUCGAGAGGGCAACACCUUAAGCUACAAAUAGAACUUGGUUCUAUCUACUAACAACUAGUCCAGGAAAUCAACUCCAAUGAGCCUUCCUCUUACCUCAAAACGCAACAACUCACAAAAGUUGAAAAGCUAAAAAGUUAAAAGACUUUGACUAAAUUUCAUUUCAUUUGAUUUCCCUUUGAUUUUCCAGCCUACCUUUGGGUAAUCAGCUUGACAAUGUCUGCGAGCUCCAAUUUAUUAAUGAAUUAAUCUUUUGACUUAUAUGCAUACGAAUUAUUAUCGAAUAAAACAAUUGAAUUGCUCCAAGAAA